AUGGCUGGUAUUGGUGGUCCUGGAUUGCAGAUGGCAGGGAGUGUCGGUUCGAAUCCAGCUGUGGCGAAAGGUAGAAUUAGGACCAUGGGUCAAAUUCGGGGUGGAGUGUCCGAGACUGAUUGUUUCCGGCAAACAAGGGUUUUACAGCAGGCAACAGAAAUCCUUCGUCAUUUCGGGGCUGAUGUUCCUCCCCUUGCUGCCCCUAAUUUUGGUGCUAAUUUUCCAUCGGGAGGGGCUCAAGAAUCGGUCUCAGGACGAGCUGUUUCAACUUCGAACACAGCCAUGAGUGGGCCAGUGUCAUCAGUUCUGCCCCAGCAAUCGCUUCAAUCGCUUCCACCUUCACGGGCAUUGCAUCCUCAGGCACCUCCCAUUAACUUUCCUUCUCUUGCUGCCCCUCCUCCUCUCCCAGUUUUUUCGGGAGUCCAUGCUCAAACUUCUGGCUCAGCAGCAUGUGUGUCUGGUUCGGAUCUGCACAUGAACUUUGUUGGCACCCAAUCAUCUAUUCCACCCCUGCCAGUUGCUUCUGUCACACCAGUUCCUGCUGCAUUCCGAGGCAUCCCUUCAGGAUUUUCCACCACAAAUGUGAAUUCUCAUCGAAACAGUUCUGCUGUUCGAAAUGCUUCCAACUCACGACGAGUGCGAGCCCAACCAUAUGAAUCUCUAAGUAUUGCACCCGCGACAUCUCGUUUAGGGAUUUCUGGGAAUUUGAUUGAUUCUCUUGAGGUGUUAUUACUCCCCAGCGAGGCUGAAAUUUAUAUUAGCAUGGGAGAGGCUGCUGAUUUCCAGGGACCAACAUUGGUAAGAUCAGUGAGAUCAGAGUUUCGACAAACUCGUAUUUGGCACCAAAUACUCACCACCACCCUGGAGGAUCGCCUUCAGAACUUUCAGCGAGUCGUUCGCUUCUCGAAUUUGCCACUAAGGAUGCUAGUUCAUGAUCUCCUAUCUCAAGUUCAGGAUGAGCUCACUCAAAGGGGAUUUUGCUUCUAUUGCCCCUAUGAUCCUAGUGCUCCCUCAUUUUCACUCCUCCAGCUUCAUCAGGCAGGGAGGGUCAUGAACACAUUCAAUAUUCCUUCACGUCGAUUAUCCGAAUAUCAUCUCACUGCAACUGACACUCUGGAGCAUAUAUUUUAUGAGGUAGAAGGGUUCAAGGCAGUGAGUGCCUUUUCGAAGAAACAGGAUGGAACUCAUGUGCUGCGACUUGCCCCAUAUCUCAACCAUCUUGGAGGAUCUCUUCCAGAUGAGAUCCAGACUAUCUUGAAUGAUGGUUUAUCCACACCGAUCCAGAUUCAUUUUUGCAGUGGGGCUGCUUCUCAGGCCCACCUUAUCCAUAUCCACACCGACGAGCAGAAUGACGAGGCAAGUUUGAUGCCAACAGCAGACGAGACAAGUUCAGUCAGUACAGUGGAUAAUGAGAUCAAUGAGGGCCUUGAGAGUGAGGUUAUUGCUGUUGGGGAUGCUUCGGAGGUGCAAACACAUAGGGAUUUGUCUGAUCUUUCAGAUGAUUCUUCACUAUUCUACCCUAGUGUCUCAGCAAUAUCGGAAUUUGCUGACUGCAUUAGGGGUCUUGCACCUGAUGACUCAUCAGACUCACACCCAUUCUUAAUUUCUGCUGCAACGCAGGAAGAUCUCAUGGAAAAACUCAAGGCAGAGAUCAUCUCCUGCUACAAUGAUGAUACCUCUUGCAUUGCACUUGACAAAUUUGCCAGAGGAUUGUCAUUUCGGAUUCGAAACUCAGACAACACUCAAGGAAUUGGUGUUGUUCGUGAGCAACAUAAGGAACUUGCAUUUGUUCGGGGUGUCAUCAUAGCCCUGUCAAUUGUACACCUUUCUCGCCUUCCUCACCAACUCUGCUGUUUAUCUGUCCUAUAUCAUCUUGGUUAUGGGAAGUCUGGGCUCCUUACCAAGAGCAUUCUGGCCAAGCAUCACCCCAAACCUGCAGCUGCACUUAAUGAGUUCAAAGCCAGUGGCUCAUUCACUGCUAUUGAGAAAAUUGCAGUUCCCUAUUUGGAUAUUGAUGCAGCAGGAGCAGCACCUAUGAUUGCAAGUGAUGAGGCUCGGGCUGUCUUCUCACACAAAUUGCUCCUUGCCUGUGUUCGGGGUCCAAUUGCUAUGGAGGCUAAUGAUGAAGAGGUAGCUUUCAGUGCUGGGCUGAAUCUCCACUGUUCAAAUGGCUUUCGUUUUGGAAAACUUUGCGAGGCUUAUGCUGAUGGGUGGGAGGGCCUCCUUGAAAGCCUAGAUGCAUUGGGCAUUCAGUCAUUUGAUGAUCUGGCCCCUACUCUUAGUUUUGUGGAACCUCAAACAGCUGUCAGGCUUCUUCGCCAACAUUCUGAAUUCCAAAGCUUCAGCUCUUUGAUUGAAGGCUUUCUACGAAGAACUGGUUGGCCACUUGGUGAUUCUGGAAAUGACCCCCUUGGACUUGCCAAUUGUUUGUUCAGACUUGGCUAUGAUGAUCUACAAUCCCAUCUUAAUAGCCCUGGGUUCAGGUCACAGCUUCUCUAUUGCUGUGCUACUUCUUCUGAUUCCCUUCUUGGUGGCCAGCAAAUAAGAAUCGUGUUUUCUGACACUGGUAAUUAUUCUAUUGAAGGUUUAACCCAUAAUAUGGCAGACUCGGCAAUUCGUGUCCAGACAUGCUUUGGCAGCCUUGCAAUUAACUCCUCAGCGAUACUUUAUAUUAUUCACAAUAAUCCACCAGGCAAUCAAUUAGCUGAGGUUGAUAAUUGGCUGUUAUCAACGAUGGUUAUCUCCCUGGAUUCUAUGGGUGGUACUAUGUAG